UUAUGAAACCGUUCCACGAGAGUUUAGUUGAGCGGCUCCUUAAUUACAGGGCAGAGAGAAAAUUUAGUUCUAAAGAAUGGAUUUCAAAAAAAAUCGACCUCCUUAACAAUUACUUUUUGGCUAAUAAAUUAAAGGCUUGUUGUAUAUCUUUAAGCGGGGGAAUAGACAGUGCCGUAGUUUUGGCGCUUGCUAAAAAGGCUCAAGAAGAGCCUUACUCACCUAUAGAAAGGGUGGUUGCAAUUUCCCAACCCAUCUUGAGCUCAGACUGGGCUCUUCAACGUGCCAAAGAGUGUGCUAAAAAGUUUAAUUCCGAGUUUGUGGUCAUUGACCAAACCGAUCUCCAUUUUUUGCUCAAAAAUAAAAUUGACAAGGCACUAGAAAUCACAGGUGGGAAAUUUGCUUCAGGGCAGUUGCGCUCCUAUAUGAGGACACCCUCUAAUUACUACGUGGCUCAGUUGCUCUCCCAGGAAGGGCUGACUUGCGCCGUGUUAGGUACAGGAAAUAAAGACGAAGAUGGAUAUCUUGCAUACUUUUGUAAGGCAGGAGACGGCGUGGUCGACAUUCAGUUAAUUGCUGAUCUACACAAGAGCGAGGUGUUUCAAGUUGGACGAGCGUUGGGAGUUCCUUGCUCCAUCUUAGAUGCCAAACCCAGCGCGGAUUUGUGGGCUGGCCAAGAGGAUGAAGAUGAGCUUGGCUUUCCUUAUGACUUUGUGGAGCUCUUUACAGGUAAAUAUCUUCCCCUUUCAGAGGAGAAAAAAGAACUUUUUUUGGAUUCUCUAGGGAAAGAAGCCAGAGACCAAUUUCUUUUGUGGAAAUCUAAAGCUGAAAGCAUACAUUAUAAGAAUUGCCACAAAUUCAAUUUCCCCGUUAAUCUGAAUGUUUUGUAA